AUGCCUAUGCAUAAUGCUUUCCUCCCUCGAGAGGGCUUCAAGGCGGACGCUGUCCUCAAAAUCAUUCGCAACACUGCCCUCAAUCCAAAGCUCCUCUUGCCACUCCUGCUAUUGGUGAAGUAUACCAAGAAGGGCCAGGACUGGGCCGUCUUACAUCCAAAGGCUUAUUCACGCCUCAAGAAGCUUCUGGUCUUUAGCCUCAUCCGCUGUAUCAACAGAUACUUCUCCCGGGGUGUUUUGAACAAUUGGGUUGAUGACAAGUAUGACUGGUCAAAGGAGAUCGUGGUUAUUACUGGCGGCGCAGGUGGCAUUGGCGGCCAAGUUGUCCAACUCUUGGCUGAAAGGGGCAUCAAAGUGGUGGUUUUGGACAUCCAGCCCCUUACCUACCCAGCAGGUCCCACUGUUUAUUAUUUCAAAUGUGACAUCACGUCCCCCAAGACUCUUGCGGCUGUUGCAGGAGAGAUUCGUGCUACCGUGGGUGAGCCAACUAUUCUUGUCAAUAACGCUGGUGUCGUUCAGGGGCGCACCAUCCUUGACGCCAGCGAGCGUGAUAUUCGAUUCACCUUCGACGUCAACACGUUUGCUCAUUAUUGGACGGUAAAGGAGUUCCUCCCGUCCAUGAUCCGCAACAACCACGGCAUGGUCGUGACAGUGGCCUCAGUAGCCGCCUGGGUAACCGUCCCAAAUAUGGUCGACUACGCGGCGUCAAAGGCAGCAGCGCAUGCCUUUCAUGAUGGUCUAACCGCUGAGCUCAAGACGCGGUACAACGCGCCGAAGGUGCGCACCGUCCUGGUCAAUCAGGGUUACACGACCACCCCUCUCUUCAAGGGCUACUACAACGACAGUCCAUUCCUAAUGCCUGCUCUGCACCCGGAGACUGUUGCCGAGGCGAUUGUCAUGCAGAUCUUGAAAGGAGAGAGCAAUCAGCUGGUCCUUCCAGCAUUUGCCAAUACGCUUUCGAUGCUGGCUGCUUUACCGCACUGGUAUCAGGUCCGUCUGCGUGAAAAAAAUCACCGGAUUAUGGCUCAGUUUGCCGGGCGGAAGGUUGUCCAAGAUUUGGACAAGUUCUAUGAGGAAAGGGAGAAGGUAGAGGCGGCUGGCGAUUUUGGCGCGAGCACUGUCUUAGUGACAAAGUGA